AUGGGAUUCCAAUCUCGAGAGCCACCUGAAGUACUUCAAAAGUUUUAUGAUUCUCUACAUGGCCGAUAUGCGCUAAUGUGCAAAGUGUUUGUCAUGACCUUACGAGGGGCAGCCAAGGAUUGGUUCUAUACCCUGCCAUCCAGAUCGAUCAACAACCUCAAGGAACUAGCGCUUUUCUUCACCAAGAAGUACACUACUUAUCGGACGAUUAAAAAGAACCGUGACCACUUGUUCCACCUGAAUAAAAAGCAUGAUGAGUCCCUUCGGGACUGCAGCAACAUAUUCAAAUCAGAAAAGGCAAACAUCGUAGGUUACGAUGACCGAAUCACAUCCUCUGCUUUCAAGAAGGACUUGCCAACUAAGCACGACUUACACCGCGAACUUACUAUCGCUCCCAGCCAGAUUCUGGCAGAGGCCUUCGGGCCCGCGAAACACUACGAGCUCUGGGACGACAAUCGAAUUGCCAUGAAAAAGUCUACCAGGCAAGCCAACCAACCAGCCAAGGAAUGCCCAAAUGACAACUUUCCCCUACCAAGAAUUGAUCAGCUCGUGAAUUCAACUUCCGGCAAUCAACUACUAAACUUCAUGGACCCUUACUCCGGUUACAAUCAAAUCAUGAUACAAGGACUUCGUUCAUAA